AUGGCGAAAGAACAAACAGACACCAAAAAUGAUGAUACGACGGACCCAGGCACCGUUGAGUCCUGUGGCUCAUUUGUCGGCGCUGGCAGCACAGGCCGUGUCGAGCUGGUGCACGGCCAAAAACGAGUCCGAAAAGUCGUAAACCCGGCUCUAAAGGGUCACAGUGUAUAUUUGGUCGAUGAGAUGCGCCGCGAAAUCGAAAUCUACGAGCAUCUGCCCAGGGAUAGCCGCCGAACUCUGCGUAUGCUUCACUGGUUUGACCACGACAACGACGCAGGCAUCGAGCUUGAAUACAUGGCCAACGGCACCCUGCGCGAGUACCUUGCCAAACACUCGGCCGACGUCGUGGACGGCGUGCCCACGAUCCCCGCCCGGCUGCGCGCCCGCUGGGCCCUCGAGGCCACCGACGGCAUCGCACUGCUACACCAACACGAGGUGAUCCACGCAGAUAUACAGCCAGGCAACAUGCUUAUCGACACGCAGUUCGGCCUGCGCAUCAUCGACCUAUCUGGCAGCGGCUUCCGGGGGAAGAUGAACUUUGGUCUUGAAAGCGCGAGGUACUGUAUGGCCCAUGAACCAGGCGAUUCAACAGCCAGGCGUUCCACGGUCGCCAACGAGACGACAGACCUGUUCGCGCUGGGAUCAACCCUAUAUCAUAUCGUGACAGGGGCGCGUCCGUACGACACGUUGACGGACGAGGAAGUGGAGGCCCGCUAUUUUCGUUUGGAAUUCCCCUCGCUUGGUGACAUUGAUACUGGCAAUGGUGGUGUAGACAGCCCGCUCAUGUUUGCCGACGCGAUUCGCAGGUGUUGGCAUGCUGAGUUUGCGUCGGCCACCGACGUGCUGGGCGCCUUGAAAACGGAAACGCUGGCCCGUUUUGACGAUGAUGACCUCGCCUACAUUGAAACGUCAAGCGCCAUCAUGCUCCGUCCUCAAGUGUGCAGGCAGGAUACCGUAAAUACAGACGGUCCCACGGGCAACGCUAUCGUGCCGCACCGUCUUCCGCUACCUAAUGGACACCUGGUUUGA